AUGGCUGAAUACGUCUUCUCCGAUGCGCCCAUAGACGGCCAUGGCAAUGGUGACAGGGACGCGAUCCCUGGAAAACAACCGGAAGAGCUUCCACCGGCGCCGAGGUACUUUCAAGGCGAAAACACAGCGGGUUUCAUGAGACCGGUUCGAUUCGAAGGCGAGAUCACCAAUUUGGAGGUAGUCGGAGAAAUCCCCAAGAGCAUAGAGGGCACCUUCUAUCGUGUCAUGCCGGAACCACACUUGCCAUCCUUCAUCCCCAAUGAUCCAUGGUUCAAUGGCGACGGCAACAUCAGUGGCUUCUACUUCAAGGAUGGUCAUGUCGACCUCAGGCAGCGUUAUGUGCGGACCGAGAAGUUCGUCCGCGAGGCAGAAGCACGCCGAUCCCUGCUGGGCAAAUACAGAAACAAAUACACCGACCUGGUCGAAUUCAAGAUCCGGUCGACUGCCAACACCAACAUUGUCUACUGGCGUGGCCAGCUUCUCGCACUCAAGGAGGACUCACCGCCCUAUGCCAUGGACCCCGAGACGCUCGAGACGUUUGGCGUCUAUGACUUUGACGGGCAGCUCCCGAGCCUCACGUUCACAGCACACCCCAAGUUCGAUCCGGUGACGCGGGAGAUGGUGUGCUUUGGAUACGAAGCCAAGGGAGACGGCACCCGUGACAUCUGCUACUACAGUUUUGGACCCGACGGCAAGAUCGCCGAGACAGUCUGGCUGGUGAGCCCGGUGUGCGGCAUGAUCCACGACUUUGCGGUCACCGAGAACUUUGUCGUUUUCCCCAUCAUACCCCUCGUGUGCGAUGUAGAGCGCAUGAAACAAGGCGGCGACCAUUGGCAGUGGGACUACAGCAUUCCCAUGUAUAUCGGAGUCUUGCCGCGCCGAGGGGCCCAGGGCAGCGAUGUCAAGUGGUUUGAGGCGCCGCAUGGAUUCGCCGGCCACGUUGCCAACGCGUUCGAGGACGACAAGGGCCACAUCCAGCUCCAGAUGGCCUACGCCAAGGACAACGUCUUCUUCUGGUGGCCAGACGCGAACGGCAAGGGGCCCAGGCCGGGCGAGGUGGAAGCGCACUUUGCGAAUUUUGUGCUCGACUACCAGUCAGACAAGCUUCAGCUGGCAGAGCCGACAUACCUGGUGGACGAAGACAUGGAGUUUCCGCGUAUUGAUGAUCGUGUGGCGACGCGGCAGCACAAGCACACCUUCUUCUGCAUCUUCGACCGCAAGCCCGGGGUGACCGACUUUGAGUUUGUCAUGCCGCGCGCUGGAGGGGGCGCGCCCAUGUCCAACGGCCUCGCUCACUUGAACCACGAGACGGGGGACAUUCAGCGAUACCUUCCAGGACCGCGCAAGCUCACGGGCGAGUGCAUAUUCAUUCCGCGCGACUCAGAGGCGGCGGAGGGCGAUGGAUAUGUGAUGGUGUUGCUGGCCAACUACGAGGACAUGUGCAGCGAGCUCGCCGUGUUGGACACCAAGGACUUGACCAAAGAGGUGGCCCUCAUCAAGUUGCCGGUGCGGUUGAGGCCGGGUCUGCAUGGUAACUGGGUCGACAGGUCGGAUGUUGAUGGACACCCGGCGCCUCUUUGAUGUUGUAUGAUGUUGUACGGAGAGAGAGAUGUUGUGUUGUGUCGACGGGGUGAGGUGACGUGUUUUUGGAAAGAAUGAACUGCCGGGUCGGUGCGUGUUAGCGCUUAUAACAUGGACCACAUGCCGACUGGGGCUCCAGAUCGUGCAUUAGCGCGGCCAUCAGCAGG